AUGAACAAGGAUGCACACCCGCGGAGCAAAUACUACGACGCGAGGGCAGGAGCUACCCACGCUGUUAACUCCGUUGGCAAGCGCACGUUUUCCGAGGACGAAGUUCUUCGCCGUUGGAUCGUGAUGCGCCUUCCUUUGCCACGAUUGGAAAAGGAGCGGCGGGACGGAGAAAUCGCUAUCGCAACGAUCGCAGCGAUUAAUAAGAAGGAACGGGUGGGCGCGGAAGGGCAAAACGGUGGGACAAAACGGCAGGAAGACCAGCCAGCCAUAACGAAUGACAAGAUCAAAGACCAAACGGAAGGAGUCAGUAAUCGGUAA